UUAGCCUUUACCCGCACUGCAGGUUUGGACUUAAUGUUUUGCUAAAAGUAAUGCUUUAAGCGUCGCAGAAUUUACAAACUACCUUUCGAGAGAUGACAUUUGUCAAUGACGACACAUUUAACUUACAGAAGAGAAAUGACAUAGUGAUCAUUUACGUUUUUAUUGCACGUGUAGCCCUCGUGGGUCACUCUUCGUUGUAGACUCAACUGUGAUAAAUAACUUCGUUUUCGGCCUUUAUAACAUAUUUAUUCAUCUAAAUCUUGGUUAGGCUCUUGUGUCUCUUCCCAGAUAAGUUGCUUGCUCUGCGGGCUCAGAGGUGGACAUGAACCCCCCGAAGAGGCUCCGCACCACAGAAGAUGAAGCAGAAACCCCGACAGGAGGGCAGGAGGAGGAGGACAGGGCAGUGGAUGUGAGUAUUGUCAUGCCGAUGUACAAUGCAUCCUGUUGGCUGGAUGAAUGUCUGCAGGCCAUAUUAAAUCAAGACUACACUGGCACCGUGGAGCUCUCUGUCUUUGAUGACGCAAGCACUGAUGACUCCAGGACAGUGGUGGAGGGCUGGAGGCAGAGGCUGGAGGCGAGGGGCAUCUCAGUGGUGAUUUCCGGCCACACCUCCGCCCAACCCAGAGGAGUGGGAUAUGCGAAGAACAAGGCCGUGUCUCAGAGCUGUGGGCAAUACUUGUGCUUUCAGGAUGCGGAUGAUGUUAUGUUUCCCCAAAGAGUUGCUCUGCAGUAUGAAGCCUCUGUCCUCCACCCAAACUCUCUGAUUGGCUGUAAAGUUCAGAGGGUCCCUGAGGGAUCUACGGAGCGUUACGCUCGCUGGAUCAACAUGAUCUCUCAGGAUCAGCUCCUCACACAGGUGUACACGUCUCAUGGGCCAACAGUUGUCAUGCCAACAUGGUUCUGCUCGAGGAACUGGUACCUGAAGGUUGGACCGUUCAAUGAGGGAGGCAAGGGCGUCCCGGAGGACUUGAUCUUCUUCUACCAGAGUCUUCGUCAAGGAGGGGGCGUGGUCAGGGUCGACCAGUGCCUGCUGGUGUACCGUUACCACGAGAAGGCCACCACACACUCUGUAACAGAGGAAACCAUUUGGAAGCUGCGCGUGGACUUCCUGCAGGAGAGAGUUCUCAGCCAAUGGGAGAGCUUCACCAUAUGGAACGCUGGGAAACAGGGCCGGAAGCUGUACCGAAGCCUGAACCCGACCAAUCAGAAGAAGGUGAAGGCUUUCUGUGAUGUCGAUGAGAACAAGAUCCAGAAAGGCUUUUACACAUACGAGGAUUCUAAGCAAAGACCCAAGCCAAAAGUCCCUGUUCUGCACUACAAAGACGCCUCGGCCCCCUUCAUUAUCUGUGUAAAACUGGACAUGACAGGAGGCGUUCUGGAGGAAAACCUCAACUCCUUGCAACUAAAGGAAGGAACUGAUUACUACCAUUUCAACUGACAGCUCAGAGUUAUUGAGACGUGAAGAGGAGGCCUGUGGCUUUAGAAGAGGAUUGAACACAGACUGAGGGAUAGGCAGGUGAUAGGAAAAGUGUGAACCAAACACUGGCACAAUAACUCUACCAAACCAGGGAAAGAGUAAGUUAUAAGGUAUGUUUGGAGCUUUAAGAGAUUAUUUGUGUGGGUCAAAUUUGAGGCGACCACUGAUGCAAAACAGUUUUAUCCCAGCCCUGUUCCCUCCACCUCACAUCUGGAUGACAAUACUGAGAUAGCUGUUGUUGUUAGAUGAGAACACCGAUUCUACUCUCACGUCUGUUCAUUAAAUAUAUAUUACAGCCAGGGGACAAAACUGGAAACAGUGGGAAAGAGCUAGCCUUGCACCUUCAAAGCACCUUAAGGCCAACAUUACGUACGCUUCAGCACGACAUGAAUGAGACCCUUGUUUUUAAUAUACUAAUUAGGAAAAGUUGUCUAUGGUACUGGUUAUUUUUUUUAGUUGUGCAGUGCAGACCACUGGUUGGUCAGAGGGAACUCACAACACUGCGACAUCCUGCUCCAACCGGCUAUUCUUGAUAAGCCAAGCUAUAUUUCUUAAUUACAGGACCAAGAUUUUAAAAAAUAACACAGGCAAAACCCUGUCAUGGUCAGUGAGAGAUCUGCAGCUGUUCCUCUGUUGGGUAUAGGAUGAAAGGAUGGAAUAAUGUGCGCUGUGUUGAGUUUAAGAUGAUGUUACGCUACCUAACGUCACUAUGACAGUCUGGUAAGACACCCACCUACAUUGACAGAGUACUAUACACAGUGGAAAACCAUAAAGAGAAAUGCAACAGGUACCAAAAGUGGUUGAGUCCUGUUGAGUUUAGCUGAACCCUGAAGGAGAAACUAGGAAUAAACACAUCAUAUCCUGUUUGUUUCAUUCAUACUGAAAAUAAGAAUGGGGUGUACUGUAUAACCAAGAAAUGUUGUUGUUCAAACCAGUUUUUUUAUCCUUGUUUUACUUUACAAAUGUUGGUAUGAAUCAAUCAAACUUUGUGCUAAGCUAAGCUUACCAUCCGGGCUGUGGCUUCAUUCAACCAACCAAUUACAUUGAAAGGAGAAAGAACAGGGAAGAAAGUAAGUCUGUGUAUUCCCCCAAAUACCAAACUAUUUAAUUAAAAAGCUUGAACUUUGGUUUUCAUGCCAAAAGAAGGAUCUAUUUCUCAUGCCAGAGGAUAUUACUAUUGCCGUUGUUGUAGGAAUAAAACGUUUUCUAUGUUUUCUA